AUGGCGCUUGCAGAAGUUUGCAGUAUCAAUUCUCUUAUCGAUUUUAACUUUUCUCAAGACAAGGAUAAGUUUUCCGGAGAAAUUGAGGGGUAUACUGAAAAUUUUUCCAACAAUCUUCGAUUGUCAGUGCCACCUUUUGUCAACCCAGCUGAAACUUUUGGUCGCAUAGCCCAAGGUAUUGAUGAUACUGGCAAGUACUUAAACAUCAAAUUUGAUCAUGGAACUACAACUUUGGGCUUUCAAUAUCAAGGUGGUAUUGUUUUGGCGGUAGAUUCACGCGCUACGGGAGGACAAUUCAUUGGCUCAUCCACCAUGAAGAAAAUAGUAGAAAUCAAUGACUAUCUCCUUGGAACUUUGGCUGGUGGUGCUGCUGAUUGCGUCUAUUGGGAUCGUGUUCUGGCAAAACAAUGUCGCAUGUAUGAAUUGAGAAACAGAGAACGUAUUUCUAUUGCAGCAGCAAGCAAAUUAUUAUCAAAUAUGAUUUAUAAUUACAAAGGGAUGGGACUGAGUAUCGGUAUGAUGCUGGCUGGUUGGGACAAACGUGGACCAGGACUUUAUUAUGUCGAUUCUGAGGGUACUCGUACACCCGGAAAAGUUUUUAGCGUAGGUUCUGGAUCUGUGUUUGCGUUUGGUGUACUGGAUUCUGGAUAUAAAUGGAACCUAUCUGAUGAAGAAGCUUAUGAACUUGGAAGAAGAUCAAUUUAUCACGCUACACAUAGAGAUGCAUAUUCAGGCGGUAUUAUAAGAGUAUAUCAUAUGAAAUCAACUGGUUGGGUGCAUAUUUCAGACGAAGAUUCAAAGGAUUUGCAUUACGCAUAUUAUGCUAAGAAAGAAACCCAACCAAGUACCUCUCAAGUUUAAUCUAUACACAGGCCAUGUAUGCGCACGCUAAUUGUUUAAGAAAUAAAACAAUUUCUAUAUGUAAUUUAUGAGAA